CAUACUAUUACGGUACUACCCCCGGUGGACGGAAAGGCUUCGAAACGGCACCGUUUGGGUUUGGAGGUUUCUGUGAAGGCCAUGGCCACGUGGUUGCGUUGCUCAGUCUUCGUCCUCAGCUGCCUCUCUCCGCCACGACGCAUGGUGGCGUCCUCCGCUACUGUCAUCGCCAUCGUCCUCUCCGCAUUCCUCUCAUCUUUUUUCACUUGUUCAUAUUGAAAACCCUACCAAGUUUCUUUGUCUUUGAUUUUGUUUUGUAGAUUGCUCGACCUGAUUAAGAAGUGGUAAUUCGAUUCCUGUGUUUCUCUGUUGUUGUUUCACUGGAUUUUGUUUUGUUUCGGGUGUAAGAUAAUCAGAUGAUGGACUCGGAGAACCAGGGCUUUGAAGAAGCCCAACUGUUUGCCGCAGCCGCUCCCGCUCAUGGGGAGAUGCAAAAUCUGGUUCUCAACGACCAGUUAAGCUCCAAAUCUUUCUCUAAUUAUCGCAGUGCCAUCUCCUCGCUCUCCGAAACCCACCACCCUCUGUCCCCGCCGGCUGUCCUUACACCGGCCGACUCCGAUCCCCUCCUCGCGCCCUCCGUGGAUCGAGAUCUCCGAAACCCUAAUGCGUCUGAUCAUUUUCUUUCCCAGCCGCUUCGUUUUUCUGAUGUGAAUUUUGGUCCCUUCGAUGGGAAUGAUGGCAAUGAUGUCAACGGUGUUGAAAGCCCCAGCAAGAGUUCGGAUAAUUCUGGGGGUUUAUCCAGAUCUUCGUCUUCGAACUCGGAGUAUAUAAAAAUUACAGUCUCGAAUCCCCAGAAGGAGCAAGAGGUUUCGAACUCGAUUGUGCCCGGUGGUAAUUCGUAUGUCACUUAUCUGAUCACUACCAGGACUAACUUAGCAGAAUUUGGGGGAUCAGAAUUCAGCGUACGAAGGAGGUUUAAGGAUGUGGUCACACUAUCAGAACGGCUGGCGGAGUCGUACAGAGGGUUCUUUAUACCCCCACGGCCGGAUAAGAGCGUUGUGGAAGGCCAGGUGAUGCAGAAACAGGAGUUUGUGGAGCAGAGGAGGGUGGCACUGGAGAAAUACUUGAGGAAACUAGCAGGGCAUCCAGUGAUUAGAAAGAGCGAUGAAUUUAAGGUGUUUCUGCAGGUCCAGGGGAGAUUGCCACUGCCAACGACGACGGAUGUUGCUUCUAGGAUGCUUGAUGGGGCAGUGAAGCUACCGAAGCAGUUGCUCAAUGAGAGCUCGGUGGCACCACAGGAGGUGGUCCAGCCAGCCAGAGGUGGAAGGGACUUGUUAAGAUUGUUUAAGGAAUUGAAGCAGUCCGUGACAAAUGACUGGGGAAGUUCGAAGCCUCCAGUUGUCGAGGAGGAUAAGGAGUUCUUGGAAAAGAAAGAAAAGUUGCACGAUUUCGAGCAGCAGCUCAGUGCUGCAUCUCAGCAGGCUGAAUCCUUGGUCAAGGCGCAGCAAGAUAUGGCAGAAACUUUGGGAGAUUUAGGUUUAACAUUAAUCAAGUUGACGAAAUUUGAGAAUGAGGAAGCUGUCUUCAACUGUCAAAGAGUCCGUGCUGCUGAUAUGAAGAAUGUAGCAACUGCUGCUGUUAAAGCAAGCAGGUGCUAUCGAGAACUAAAUGCUCAAACUGUGAAGCAUUUGGAUGUACUUCACGACUAUCUGGGGUUAAUGCUAGCAGUUCAUGGUGCAUUCUCAGAACGCUCAAGUGCUUUACUGACUGAGCAAACUCUAAUGUCGGACUUGUCCUCAUUGCAUUCAAGGGCCGAAAAACUUGAAGCCGCAUCAUCUAAAGUAUUUGGUGGUGACAAAUCGAGGAUUCAGAAGUUAGAGCAGUUAAAAGAAACCAUAAGAACUACAGAAGAUGCUAAAAAUGUUGCAAUUCGAGAAUAUGAGCGCAUUAAGGAAAACAAUAGGAGUGAGCUGGAAAGAUUUGACAGGGAAAGAAAAGCUGACUUCUUGAGUAUGUUGAAAGGAUUUGUAACAAAUCAGGUUGGAUAUGCAGAGAAAAUUUCGCAUGUAUGGGCAAAGGUAGCAGAGGAAACUAGCAGCUAUUCAAAAGAGAGCAGUUGAUGAACUUUCGUGGCAGCAAUUGGAAUCCUUGGGAACAUUUUUCUUUUUAUUUUUUAUUUUUUCUUUUUUGGUCUCACUAGAUUCAUUUUAUAUCCACUUUGUUGAUAUAAUUUACCAUUCUUAAGGUAAUAAAACAUAAAGAGGAACACUUGGGGAAGGUUUUUUCAACAUCUUAUUGCCCAAGUUGUGUCCCUACAGAAUGUUGUGUUCUCACUCUGAACUGAUGAAGUUCAUGUGAAACUGAGGUUUGAUAUUGUAAAUUGAUCUGUUCUUUUGAAUCCUUCAA